AAAAAACCUCAAAUUCCUUCUAUUUGCCCUAGAAUCCUCUUCAUCUUCUUCCAAUCUACUAAGCUCUUCAUCUUCUUCCAAUCUACUAAGUUAUGGCGGAUUGGGCAGGAUUGCCCCAUGACCUCCUUGUUCUGAUUGCGAAUCGUGUUAAAGUGAUUGAAGAUUUCGUUGCUUUCAAUUGUGUUUGUAAUUCAUGGCGAAUAGCUUCUACCAAGGACAAUUUCGAUAUGUUUUCUCCUCAACUUCCUCUGCUAAUGCUUCCCGAUGACGAUGAAAAUACCUAUUAUCGAGAAUUUUACUCUCUUUCCAAAGGUAAAGUUUCGCGGAGACUAUAUCUUCCUGAUCUUGGAUUGUUUUCCAACUGAUCAGAUGGGAUGGCUUCUAAUCCAAUCAUUAGACGGAGAGGAGCUUUACAGAGUCCUGACGACUUCUUAAUUGACGACGACUUAAUUGAAGAACCCGAGUUCUAUCGCUACAUCAAACGGGCAACGCUAUCUGCAAAUCCAUCUGUUACAUCUGAUUAUGUACUCGUAAUUUCAUAUAACACAGAUGUUAAUCAUUUGGCUUAUUGGUUACCUGGAGAUAUCAAUUGGACUUUGUUUGACAUGGAUAUAAGACCAAGACACGGUGGAGUGUGCAAUAUGACUUACUACAAUGGCAAAUUUUAUCUUCUUACUUGGGGAGCUGAAAUAUUCGUUGUUGAUGUCCAAAGUCAGGAUAGACGCGUAGAGUCGCGAUUGAUUUAUCUUAACGAUAACAAAGACUUAUUUCGACAUUCAAUUCAGUACUAUCUAGUUGGGGUAAACGAUGUGCUCUUGUUUGUUGCCAAAUUUGGUAGAUAUCCUUCAGAAGAUGAUAGUUCAAUAGAAUGUGAAGUAUAUGAAGUAGAUGAAAUGAAGUGUAGAUUGAAACGGAUUGAUAACUUGGGAGAUUCAACCAUUUUUUUGGGUCUUAAUGGAGCAACUUCCAUCGAUUCCACCAAAUUUAGAGGAGUGAUUAAGCGUAAUCACAUAUAUUUUACCGAUGAUUGGGAUGAGCAUAACUUCUCGUUGGAAUGUGGUGGUGGAAAAGAUAUGGGAUGUUACAAUCUUGAAGAUGGAAAUAUUGAAUCUUUUUAUCCUGAAUUAUCACUAAGUUGUAUUUGUCCGCCAACUUGGGUAAUACCAUCAUUGUGAAUGAGGAGCUAUAGGUUCAGUAAUUUAUUUCUUUUUGUUGUUUUUUUUGCAAUUUAGUAUUUGUUUUCUUUCCUUUAUUUCAAUCAAUAAGAACUUGGGCACAUAUUGUAUACACCAAGUUGGUGAAAUUAUCAUCUAACAUUUGCAGUUAUAAUGA